GGGUUUGAAGCAGAAAAGAUCCGGCUGGAGAGGUGUGCGUCUGUGUGUGGGGGCAGGGAGCUGUGCUGGGGUUCCCAGCCGCUGGGAGCUUGCUCGCUGCAGGUAGAGAAGGGUUCUGGACUAGAGACCUCCAGGGAGAAACCUUUGUGGAAUUAUUAUAUUUACAAAACAUUUUUUCUGACACUCAAUGGUGACAUCACCCGUGGAAAAAAUAUCUACAGAAAGGUGUGAAUGGAAAGAGCAAAGUGUGACCAACUGCAUUCCUGUUACCUCCAUAAGGAAUGUUGCCUACUUGAUUUGUUUGUAAAUUCUUUGACAUCCUCUCCUGAAAGGUCUUUCAAAAUCACAAGUGUUUGCCAUUUUCUAAAAGAUUAAACUCUUUGAAGCUGCUUCUCCUGUCCAUCUUCUGGUUGUGCUGUCUCCUUCUAGGUUUAUGAGGUUGGGAUUUUCCAGUGCAUCAAGGCAGCAUGUUGCUGCUCAGUCCUGGGUUAGCUGUAGCUUGUCUUCAGAUCAUCAUCUUCUCUGAAAACUGGGCUUUGGCCAAGAACAUCAACUUCUACAAUGUGAGACCCCCUCUUGAUCCCACACCGUUUCCAAACAGCUUCAAAUGUUUCACCUGUGAAAAUGCUGCAGAUAAUUAUAACUGUAACAGAUGGGCAGAAGAUAAAUGGUGUCCACAAAAUACACAGUAUUGUUUAACAGUUCAUCACUUCACCAGCCAUGGAAGUAGUACAUCUAUCACCAAAAAAUGUGCUUCAAAGAGCGAGUGUCAUUUUGUUGGCUGUCACCACCACCAAGAUGGAGGACAAACAGAAUGCAGAUCAUGCUGUGAAGGGAUGAUUUGCAACGUGGAAGUCCCCACAAAUCACACAAAUGCAGUGUUUGCAGUAAUACAGGCUCGGAGGUCAUCAGGCACCAUCCCUUGGACAUUCAGUUUACCAGUGCUUGCUUGUGUUUUCACAGUUCACUUACUAUGAUGCUACUGAUCCCAGGAGAAUUAGAGACAAUCUAUCCAAUUUCAAGCUUGAAACUGUGAGCAAUGAACUUUCUGGUUGGAGAUGAACUUUGCACGUUAUGAAGAAUUCCAUAAGCACAUGUUAGAUCACAACAUAGAAUUGUAUGUGGUGUUUGGAGUCAAUUGCUUGCUUAGGUAAAGUGCCCCAUUCAAAGACCUGAAGUCCUGAGGGGCCAGGAGUGAGGCAACAGUGGAGAACUCAGAGGCAAGACAUGAAGGAUAUUAAUCUACCAUUUUCCUUACCAUUGCUGGCUGCUCUAUUCAGUAUAGGAGGGUCCUAAUGGGUUCCUCUGGGGUUUUAAAUGUUAGCAGUAAUAGAGGCAGAAGAAAAAUUCCUUUGGGUCAUGCUUAUAGUAAGAAGACCAUCUCUUCCUCUUUACAUUAAGAUUGCUGAAUCAGAUCCUUUCAGCCAUUUGGACUUGCUAAAAAUUCAGUUCUUAAAAGCAUCCCAUUUCCUUAAGUGAGAAAACAAUAUCCCCAUCAAAAGGGAAAAGGUAAGGAAAAAGGAAGACUACUUUAGAAAAGCAUUCCAAUCUAACCAUUCCGAACUCUGGUCACUAAAUGGGGGAAAAAUAAAAACUUUUAAAUUAUGUAA